CCUGCACCGGACUCGAUCGUGUUGCCGUGACUGCCAGCACCUAGUCGUCAGUCCCAUCGAAUUGCUCCCCAAAUUGCAAGGAAAACCCUCCUUGCUUGCCACUGACACAAAGCGUACGGGAAGACCCACCCAAGCUCAAGAGAAGCUUCCGAUUUCCUCGCCAUCAAGUCGGAACUCCAGACCCCGAUCCGAGGCAGGCUUAGCGGACCACUCAUGUCGUAGCGAUCAAUUUAGUUACAUUUUCCCCUGUUUUUUUGGAUUUAAUUGAGGCGUGUAAUUAUAAAUUUGGAUGGAAUCGACGUGGUGACGUUCGGCGUGGUGGUGGGCAUAGUCGUCCUCUUCGUGCUCGUCAUCAUCGUCACCAUCGAGGGCGCCUGCAAGCGCGCCUCCACCUCCUGAAUUCCCCCAGAGCCACCAGCGCCCGACGCGCCAGCCCUAAUGUGCCGCCGCCGCCUCGCCGUGCUGCUCCUCCUGGCCGCCGCGGCCGCCUCCGCCGCCGGCCACUCGGAGUCCUCCUGCCCCUUCCAUGACCACGGCGGCCACGGCCACGACGAACCGCACGACCACGGCGGCCACGGGCACAGCUGCGGCGGCGCGGACCACGGGCACCACCACCACCACCAUCACCGCGGCGACGACUACGGCCAUGACCGCGACGAGAUCCAGCGGCUGCUCCCGGAGGAGCUGGCCGAGGAGGCAGAUCUCGAGCUCGAAUCCUUCGGUUACGAUCCCCACGACCACGGCCACCACCACCAUGUCCACGACCAUGGCCACCACCACGGCCGCGGCGACAUGGAGUCCGAGACAUCGCCCAUGGGUGUGUGGUUGAGCGCGAUGGGGUGCUCGCUAUUGGUCAGCAUGGCGUCGCUCGUCUGCCUCGUCCUCCUCCCGGUCAUCUUCUUUCAGGGGAAACCGUCGAAGGCCAUGGUGGAUUCUCUUGCUGUUUUUGGGGCAGGAGCAAUGCUUGGAGAUUCAUUUCUUCAUCAACUGCCACAUGCUUUUGGUGGAGGACAUUCUCACUCACAUGAUCAUGAGGAUCACAAUCAUUCUCAUGAGCAUGCACAUGCACACUCUCUGGAAGAUCUUUCUGUUGGGUUGUCUAUACUAUUUGGCAUUGUAUUGUUUUUCAUUGUUGAGAAGAUUGUGAGGUAUGUUGAAGACAAUUCACAACAGGGAGCUCAUAGUAUGGGUCAUGGGCACCAUCAUCACCACCAUAAACGGCACGAAAGUAGUGAUAAGGCCAAGUUAAAUCAUGCAAAAAGUGAUCAUGAGGGCAAAGACUUGGAUCAAGCAGAAGAGAAAUCUUUGGUUGAUGGUGCAACUGAAAAAAUAAACGACGAAAAUUCUCAUGAGACAAAAUCAACUGUACAUAAGAGGAGCUCAACUGUCAGUUCCAAAUCCACUGAUGGAGAGCCUGUCAGUUCUGAAAGUGACCGUGCCCCUGACAAAGCAUUAUCAAGUGAAGAUUCCUCAAUGCCAAACUCUAACUUGGUGUUUGGAUACCUUAAUCUUUUCUCGGAUGGUAUUCAUAACUUCACUGAUGGGAUGGCUCUUGGGAGUGCUUUUUUGCUACAUGGUUCUAUUGGAGGCUGGUCUAGAACUUUAUUUCUGCUUGCGCAUGAACUACCCCAAGAGGUUGGAGAUUUCGGAAUCUUGGUGCGCUCAGGAUUCACAGUAUCUAAGGCCCUAUUUUUCAAUUUUCUCUCUGCAUUGGUUGCUCUUGUUGGAACAGCACUAGCAUUAUCUUUGGGAAAAGAUCCAGGACAUUCUUCAUUGAUUGAGGGAUUCACCGCUGGUGGUUUUAUUUACAUUGCCGUUGCGGGAGUUCUCCCACAGAUGAACGACCAGAAAACUACCCUCAAAAGCUCAAUAGCUCAGUUGAUUUCUCUAGCAAUGGGAAUGCUGGUUGCUCUAGGCAUAUCUUUAGUGGAAUGAUUUGAAUCUCCAUUUCUCCAGUUGCAGCUUUAGGUUGAACUGCAGUCCCACUAAGCUGGUAUAAUUCUUGAACAGCUCCAGCCUGGAAGAUGGGUUCUCUAAUCCUCUUUGAUAUAAGACCUGAAAUGUUAUAGAAAUUUUGACAUCUGAUUAUAGGUUCGCUUUGAUCAUUGGUAUAUCAACAAGUGCUUGUUUCACAAAUAUUAGUCAACUCUGAACCUUGAGAUCAUAAUUGUGUGAAGUCAUCAUUUUUUUAAUGUUU